CGAGACAAGUACGGCAUGAUCAAUUUCGAAGAAACCGAGUUGCGACUCGGUCUGCCAUUGAGUGGAAAUGAAGGCGAGUCGGCGCUCAAAACCACACCUUCUAGUGCUGCCUGUAAUGGAAAGAGGGGUUUUUCGGAGACGAGUGGUAGUAGCGUCGAUUUGAAGCUUAAUCUUUCUAAUGCGUUGCCUUCUGCCUCUUCUCAAGCGCCUAAAGACAAAACCACUCCUCCUCGCGCUAACGACCCACCAGCAAAGGCACAAGUGGUGGGUUGGCCACCUGUGAGGUCAUUUAGAAAGAACAUUGUUAACGUUCAAAGGAGCAACAACAAUAACAAUGGAGGCGAAAAAGUUGGCACUGCAACAACAGGAACCACGAGUAACAACAACGGCAGUGUGGCAGGAGCUUUCGUGAAGGUGUGCAUGGAUGGUGCUCCUUAUCUACGCAAAGUGGACUUGAAGUUGUACAAGAGCUACCAAGAGCUUUCCGAUGCACUCGUUAAAAUGUUCAGUUCCUUCACCGUUGAUAAAUGUGGUUCCCAAGGCACUAAGGACUUUAUGAAUGAGACCAAAUUGAUAGAUCUUCUCAAUGGCUCUGAUUACGUACCAACCUAUCAAGACAAAGAUGGAGACUGGAUGCUCGUUGGUGACGUUCCCUGGGAGAUGUUCGUGGAAUCAUGCAGGCGCCUGCGCAUAAUGAAAGGGUCUGAGGCAAUUGGGCUGGCACCAAGAGCGGUGGAGAAGUGCAAGAAUAAGCUGAAGUCAUAUUUGUAAAUUAAUUCCACGCUCAAACCACAAUCUCCUUGGUUGCUCUUGGCCGUUCAUGGGAAGCAAAUUUCUGGAGCAAGGUGUAAUCUAGUAUAGGAGCAAAGUUAUGUAAUGUGUCGUCCAUUUUUUUAAAAUAAUUUUCUUGUAUAUGUAUUGUGUAUUAUAUAUAUAUAUGAGAAAAUAGUUGGAAAAUAGGUAGGGACAAGAAAUAAUGGAGUAUGUUUAUA